AUGAAUUCCCCUACAGUCACCAUGUCAUUGCUCUCCCUUAUCAUUUUCUCAAACAUUUGUUUCAUUGCUCAAGCUCAAGGAUAUAAACCAUUUCCUAACUAUUCUCUUGCAGAAUAUGAUGCUACAUAUCGAGUUCUCAAUGUUUCUAACUACCCCUUUCAACUUUGCUUAUACAACACCAUCCCCAACACCUUCACUCUUGGUCUGCAAAUGGGCAAUUUCUUCAAGUACUCAAAGCCACCCUUGCAUUGGGUUUGGGAGCCUAACCGGGGAAACCCGGUUGGUGAAAACGCCACUCUCGCAUUCGAGACAGACGGCAACCUUGUUUUGGUCGACGCGGAUGGCCGAGUGGCAUGGCAAACCAACACUGAAAACAAAGGUGUGGUAGGCCUCAAGCUGCUUCCAACUAGCAAAAUGGUCCUCUACAACUCAAAGGCCAACUUUAUCUGGCAAAGCGUUGACUACCCAACAGACACUUUAUUGGUAGGUCAAUCUCUAAAAGUUCGGUCAAAACACAAGCUCAUCAGCUUGGUUUUGGAGCCUAAAGGAUUGGUUAUGUACUAUAAGAGCAAGAACUCUCCAAAGCCUUUACCCUAUUUGAAUAUGAAAUCUGAUAUGACCGGAUCAUGGGACCAUAUGACAUUGAAUUGCACCCCGGACACAUAUGAGGGCCAUGCUUAUGACAUAAACUUACAUCAAGUCCAAGCCAACUCUUCUUAUGCUACAAAAUUCCUUCUGGCUAGACCAAAAUACAACAGCAUUCUUUCGUUCUUUAGGCUUGAAAUCGAUGGAAACCUUAGGAUUUACAUUUACUAUGACGAUGUAAAUGUUAGCUAG